AUGGCCACCAUCGCCGUGGUCCAGGGCGACAAUCGCUCGGCAACAAUUGAUGGAAGCAAUCCUCAAAAAACCUUCAGUGUCGGCACUAGAAAAUCAAAGCUUGCUCUGGUCCAGACAGAUCUUGUAGUGAAGGGUCUGGCUGCAACAUUCCCCGACAAUGUCUAUGCCAUCAAAGCACGGGACACAGCGGCAGGAGAUAUCGACAAAGUCACUCCUUUCAAGGAUAUGCCGGUGAAGAAUUUGUGGACGCAUGAACUUGAAACUUUGAUGCUCGAAGAGAAGUUGGAUUUUUUAGUCCACUCAUACAAAGACGUUCCUACCCAGUUGCCACCUGGCUGUGAAAUCGGUGCAGUGCUGCAAAGAGAAGACCCGAGGGAUGCUUUUGUUAUCAAGGCCGGACGCAAACCUUGCAACAUCGAAGAUCUACCGGCCGGAGCAGUUAUUGGAACUUCGUCAAUGAGAAGAGGGGCACAGAUUGCUCUUAAAUAUCCUCACCUACGAGUCCUCGAUAUGAGGGGAAAUAUCGACACCAGACUAUCAAAACUCGAUGCCGAGGACGGACCUUUUGAUGCUGCAAUUUUGGCGGCUGCUGGCCUGAUCCGUGUCAAUCUCCGUCAUCGCAUUACUCAGUAUCUCGAUUCAAAAAGCGGAGGGAUGCUCUAUGCUGUGGGACAGGGCGCGAUCGGGGUCGAGAACCGAGCAUCUGAUGAACGGGUUCAGAGUAUGCUUACUAAAAUAGACCAUCGCGAAACCCACCUGGCUACUGCUACAGAGCGAAGCUUAUUGAGGACCUUGGAGGGAGGAUGCAGUGCUCCCCUGGGAGUCGAAACUGAAUGGCUCAAAGGAGACAGCGAGGAUACUCUUCAGCUCAAAGCAAUCGUUGUAAGUCAAGACGGAAAGGACAAGGCAGAAGUUGAGAUGACCCAAGUGGUGCAAAGCAAAGAAGACGCAGAAUCCUUCGGUACAUCUGCGGCUGAGGAGUUACUGCGGAGAGGCGCAGACAAAAUUCUGGCAGAUAUCAAAGCUAAAAGACCGACGACUGUAGCGGAUCUGGAAGAAAAGUAA